CGACAUUUCGCAUCCACCACGAAGAACCCUAAGCCUUGCCUUGGCAGUGGCCAGUUAGUUAGUUCCCGAAAUUUAAUGAAAUCUCAAGCAGAAGGAUUCCUUCUUUUGUGCUCUCUGCCAGCUCUCUCUCUCUUCUUUCUAGAAAGAUAGAGAAAGCAGGGGAAGAGAGAAAGACGGUGACUGUGUGGAAAUGUCGCCAUAAAGCAAGCUGGGUGCCCUACUCUUUUGCUUUUGUUCUCUCUCUCCCAUUCCCACCCCCAAAGUUGGAAAAUUUGUCACCAAGCACUAUCCUUUUUCUUUCUUUUCCUCAAUUAUUACUCUACAAGUUUAGUUACUCGCACUGGUGUUUGGCAUUUUCAUUUGUUUUUGUCGGCGAAACCGGCACCGAAAAGCUUUCGCGAGUCGCUCUCCUCUUUUGGGUAUGAUUCCACCACCAACAUGCUUUUCUCUUGCUAUGCAGAAUAUAUUCCCCUAUUCUGAUCUCGAAACCCCACAUUUCUGUGGCUCCCAAUGUUCGAUCGUGUCCGAUUUUGAAGUCAUUUGGGUUUGGGAAUCAUACUCUCCGGGUAGCCAACAGAAGAAUUGGUCUUCGAUUUGCAGGCGCUAGUUUGAAACUCCCUUUUCUUAACGCAGUUUUUAGCUGUGAUUUGUCCCUUCUGAUGUUUUGUUUCGAAACACUGUUUCAAUUGCCUGUGAUUUUUUCAGCUAGACCCCCUUUCUUGUAUUCAAUUUCUUGUAAUUUCCUGUAUUCAGAUGCUUUUUUCAUUUGUUGUGUCAAUUGUCUCCGAUUUCGCCUAAAAAUUUGACAUUUGGCAAUUGAAUCGAACUGUCUCGGUAAGGUUCGCUUUUCUCUGAAACACUAUUUCAAGGAGGAUUCUGAGGAGGAAAUAAACAGCACCCAUUUGCGAUUUUCCCUUAAUUUGGUCACAAAUGUCAGAUCGAUUAAGGCCUGCUCCAAUGGAGGACUUGCCCUCGCAUUUGAUUCUUGAAAUACUGAGCUCAGGUCGUUUGAGCGCGGUUGAUCUGGUGUCUUUGGAGCUGACUUCCCGGACUUUUAGGGGAACUCACGGCUUGUUCCCACAAAAGUUCCGAUCUUUGGUGGACUUUGCCGCGUUUCAGAGUUGUGAAUUCCAUCCAAUAUAUGCGUCUAUGGGUCCAAAUGCUCGCAAGGAGCUUUAUGAUCGGUGCAGUGGCAACUGGAAGCGGGUUUUGAGGUUCUUGCAAUCGGUGCAGCAGUCCUCCAACAUUGUUGAGACCUCAGCAGGCAAUAUGCAGAUUAGAACGGGCAAGUAUCACACAUUGCUCAUCAACAAGUCAUCAGUGUAUUCUUGUGGUUCCAGUUUGUGUGGUGUUCUUGGUCAUGGGCCUGAAACAACCCAAUGUGUGGCAUUUACCAGGAUUAGUUUCCCAUCUACUGCACAUGUGGCCCAUGUCUCGGCCUCCCACAAUCAUGCUGCUUUUGUCAUGCAAUCUGGAGAGGUUUUUACGUGUGGAGGUAAUUCAUCAUUUUGUUGUGGACAUAGAGAUACAGGUCGUCCAAUAUUCAGGCCCAGACUUGUGGAAGCAUUAAAUGGAAUCGCUUGCAAGCAGGUUGCUGCAGGGCUUAAUUUUACCAUGUUCCUCACAAGACAAGGCCAUGUCUACACAUGUGGAAUGAAUGCACAGGGACAGCUUGGCCAUGGUGACACCCUUGAUAGGCCGACACCCACAAUUGUAGAAUUUCUUGAGAGCAUUGGAUCUGUAGUUCAGAUUGCUGCUGGUCCAAGUUAUGCCUUGGCUGUCAUGAAUGAUGGGACAGUCCACUCAUUUGGGUCUGGUACCAAUUUCUGCCUUGGCCAUGGAGAGCAACACAAUGAGCUACAGCCACGUGCAAUCCACUCAUUUAGAAGAAAGUGUAUCCACAUUAUUCGUGUCUCUGCUGGCGAUGAGCAUGUUGUUGCACUUGAUUCUAGUGGAUUUGUGUAUACUUGGGGCAAAGGCUACUGUGGUGCAUUGGGCCAUGGAGAUGAGAUUGACAAGACUACUCCAGAACUCUUGAAUGGUCUAAAGGGCCAUGUUGCUGUGCAGGUUUGUGCAAGUAAGAGGAAAACCUUUGUGCUGGUGGAUGAUGGUUCUGUUUAUGGCUUUGGAUGGAUGGGUUUUGGUAGCCUUGGAUUUCCCGACAGGGGCGCAUCUGACAAAAUCACUAGGCCUCGAGUCUUGGAAAGCUUAAAAUCUCAUCAUAUUUCACAAGUAAGCACGGGCCUCUACCACACUGUUGUAGUCACUAACCAGGGGCGAAUCUUUGGAUUUGGAGAUAAUGAAAGAGCACAACUUGGGCACGAUACUUUGAGGGGAUGCCUCGAACCAACUGAAAUUUUUAUUCAGGAAAUGGAGAGUGAUGCGGGGCUUGUAACAAAAAGUGGUUGACUUGGAUGUCCUGCCAGCUAGCUCGAGGGGGAGUGCAGGUGGACACUGUUUGAUGAUGAUUAUUAUUAUUAUUAUUAUUUUUCUAAUCUGUUAACACCACCAGUGUCAUAAUAAGAAAAUUCUGUUUCUAGAUUUUGAUUUUGAAUUUCAGUCGAAGCCUUUGUUGUAUUACCAUUACAGAGUUGAACGUGCAUUCUGUAGUAGUUUCGUUUUCUUCAACACAACAUGUUGUUUUCCAUGAUGGUCCAGAAAUGUAUAGGUUAGGAACCAGCUUCCAUGGCCACGUUCCUGAACUGAAAGCUAGAAAUGCUGCUUGCUGCUGCUGUUCUGUUGGUCCUUUAAAAGCGAUGCCCUGCCAUCUGCCUAACCUUGUCAUGCAUAGAGAUGGAUACAUAGUUGACAAUCUUCACCUAGUCAUAAUACAGCCUUCCCUCACAAAGAGGGAGGCCCUGAAUUCAAUUCUCUGU